AUUUAUUUUAUUCACUCAGAUUCACGCGACGAAGUCCAAAUUCCAACUUGAUCCGACUGGAAACGGGUGAGUGGUGGUGAGAAAAACGGCGUGAACUUAGCAAAACAGAAGCGCUCGGUCCCGGUCUCCGUCGCGGUCGAGGUAUCCUUCUCCUGCCUGCCUGAGCACCACAGACUUAAAAACUAACCCAAAGAAAAAAAAAUGGCAAAGAAAGCUACAAAGUCGAGAAAAUCUCGCUCAUCUUCAACCACCGCUGCCUCUGCCUAUAAUCCAUCAACACCCUCGAAUGAAUUCUGUUGCUUGGAAAGAAAACCUGAUAGGAAAAUGGUGUUAAGGGUAAAAUCAAGUGAGAAAAUGAAGAGGUCAGCUCAACAGAGUGUUGUUAGCGAGAGAGAAAAGAGACCCAAGUCGAAAUCAAGACCCAAAUCGAAGCAGAAGAAGAAGAAGACAAAAAUUGAUGCUAAAAUGCCCAAGAAACCCCCAACUGCUUUCUUUUACUUCUUGGAGGAUUUUCGUAAGGAAUUUCAAGAGCAGAAUCCAGAUAUCAAGUCAAUGCGAGAUAUUGGAAAGGCAUGUGGUGAGAAGUGGAAGCUGAUGACAUAUGAGGAAAAAGUUAAAUAUUAUGAUAUCGCAACUGAGAAACGAGCAGAGUUUGAUAGAGCCAUGGCAGAAUAUAUUAGAAGAAAGGAAAGUGGUGAAGAUCAAGAAACUGAAGAUGACUCAGAGUUUGAUGAAUAAUCCUUAGGGUUGUGUUUUACCAGGAAAUUCAUUGAAUAAUAGAUGUAGUGGUUAUGACUUACGAGAUGUAUAUUAUUGCAUUGAGUAUUUUCAUCCCUGUGUCAUUCUUGUGUAAAUUACUGCUUGUGCGGGCUUCAUAGUUCAUCUGACUAUUGCUUAAGUAAAUAUUCAUGUAUGUGUCUUGGACAUGAAACUUGGUGUCUUAUUAUGGUGAUAUUUUUCAUCAAUCGAUGCUUCAUCCAUUAUGCUAUUGUUCAAGUAAAUAUUCAUGUAUCUAUUAUUCAA